CAACGAUUGACACUCACUUCUUUGUCGUGAGCAGUAGUAACAUCGUCACGUCAUGCCGAUAUGACAUCUCCGAGACCGUUUAGAGCUGGCUUAGGGCUACCUGAGGCAGUCGUCAUUCGCUCCGGACCAGUGUCAGCUUCUCACCUUGCUGAUCAACAUUACGAGCCGACGGAUAGACAGUCUUGGAAAGAGUGGACUGUGAACCCUGCAAAGCAUGGACCGGAAAGGUUGACUCGGGCACCCGUUUUCUUGCCGUCCAAGCAACAGUACGAUGAUCUUGGAAGAAGUCUCGGUGAUGGUGUUGGUAUAGAGGUGGAUCAGGGCGACGUGAAAGUGCCCAGGGAGGUGGACGAUGGAGAUAGAGUCAGCGCGUGGUAUACUCAAUUGGCAUCUCGACCGACUACCGGGUCAUCGACACCCGGUUCUGGGCCGUCUGACUUGAGGCCGAAAGGGCCACCUGCUAUUGUCGACUUGACAGACCUGGAUGAUGAGGACGAGGAUGAACUGAAAAUGGAACCACCCUCAACGAUCGAGGCAGAACCACUGCGUGUCAAUCGAAACGAAUGGUAUAUUCGUCGAGCGCUUCUCCGUCGAUGUCAACUUGAAGGGGCUCCUCGAAGACCCUUGGUCCAGUCGAAACCUUCUUCCAUCGGUCGUCUCGUCGAAAUCGACCUUACAAAACCUCUACCUGCUCAACCCGUUCAUUACGUGCUUGGACCGGAGAACAAAGGUUAUGCCAUGCUGAAAGAUCGCCUAGGAUGGGAAGGUGGAGGAUUGGGAAGGCCUGUUGGCUGGUUAGAGCCAACGACUUUGGAUUGCUUUCGACAGAUGCCCGAAGCGGGACCGUCAAGACUGGCAUCGCAGCUCAAAGCCGAGAUCGAAGAGGAUGCUGAAAGCCAAAUCAGGCAGCGCGAGGCUGGAGCUGCUGAAACUAUCGUAGAUCUGACGGCCGCUUCAGACGGCGAAGAUGACGACUUCGAUGAAGAUGCAGCAGAACCCCCGCGUCAGGGUGGACCUGGCAGGACAGCACCCAUCGCUACGGCCCUCAAGCUCGAUCGACUGGGAAUAGGCCACAUCCGAAGCACUCGACCUGGUAAUCCCGAAUCAGUCAAAAAAGUCACACAUACAGCCAAAGAGAUUGCUCAAGCUCGCCAGAGAGCGAAAUAUGCCGGAAAGCCAAUGUCGAAGUUGGAAUUGGGCAAAAAGGGCAAGAUGAAAUGGAGUGAGAAGGAGAAGAGGGAAAGAGAGCAUAGACAGAGGCUAGCAGCGGCCAUCAACGCGUAAGGAUUGGACAUGAGU